AUGUCUAAAAAAUUUAUAAUUAUUAUAUCCGUUAUAGUUGGCUUACUUAUAUUAGCUGGACUGGGUGUUCUCAUUUGGUGGCUAGUAACAGAUACUUCAAAUGAUAAGUUUGAAACAAUUCUUCUUGAGACUGAUGGGUUAGGUCAAGUUAAAUACAAUGCAGCAUAUACGAGAAUUUAUGGUGCCGGCGAUAUUUUCUGGUGGUUCUUCCCAUCUACGUCAGACCAGAGUCGACCAAUUUUACUAUUUCUAGGUGGGGUUACAGGAAUACCUGAUAGUUUUCUCCUAAACUUUGGGGGAAUAGGGCCCUUAGACUUUAAUCUAAAUACGAGGAACACAUCGCUGGUCAGCGACUAUCACUUGUUAUUCGUAGACAGCCUCUUAGGGACUGGGUUCAGUCAACUUGAAGAUGAGCAGUCGAUCUUGACAAAUUUAAGUGAUAUGGUUGAUAAUUUAAUAUACACUUUACAAUCAUUUUAUGGACAUAAUGAUGAAUAUGAAGAUGCGCCUUUAUACAUUUAUGCACAAGGUGAUGCGUCUCAUUUAGCCAUUCCAUUGACAACACGAUUGCUAGAGGAUGAGGACUAUUCUCACAAAAUAAAAGGCAUCUUUCUAGGUAAUCCCAUAAUAUCACCAGCUCUUACACUGACCAAAUUGGGAUUUUAUUUAGAAGAAUUAGCCUACGUCGAUGGUAAUGGUAGAGCGGCAAUAGAAGAAUUUUCAACCUCGCUGUCCUCCUUAGUGUCAUCGAAAAAUUUUGAGGAAGCCUUUAAUCAAUUCUUUUCUUUGGGUGAAUUCAUAAAUGAAAGAGCUGGUGCCGUAGCGGUUAAUGUGGGAUAUAUCGUAGAAAAAUUAACUCGCAACUCAGUUAGAGACUACUUCGGACUAAGUGCGUAUCGUGACAGAGUUAUUCCAUCUGACAUUAAUAUGAAAAGUUUCAUGGAGGAAACAAUUGCGCCAGCGCUUGGAAUUUCAAAUGAUAACAAUUAUGAUGAAAAACGGGAUGAUGUUAUUAAAGCUUUUAGGCCACUUUACAUGGAACCCACAGUAGAUAAAUUGGAAAAUAUUUUAAACAACUCAAACGUAAUUGUUACUAUUUUCAAUGGUAACCUGGACGCAGUAUCAAAUACACCAGGACAACUAGAAUGGAUUGAUCAUUUAAAUUGGUAUGGACAAACUAAUUUUACCAAUAGUGAACGGAAGACUCUUGUAAUAAAUAAACAAAUAGAAGGAUAUUUCCGUGAAUCAAGUCGCCUUAAUUUCUACUGGAUUAACAUAGCAGGCCAAUCGACACUCUUGGAUAAUCCUGUCGCAACUAAAAAAAUGCUAGAACGAGUAACACAUAUUGCACCGACUCCCACCGAGGCUGUGUGUAAACACUUCAAUGAGCUGCGCUCAGACUUGGCACUUGCAUUGGACCUGAAGAAUGCAUUAGCAUCUUGUGAAUUUGAGCUUCAAGCUUUGAGACAUCAAUAUGAAGCUUUAAACCCUGGCAAGACCUUAACCAUACCCCCAUCAAUUUGUAACACAAGUACAGAUGGUGAAACAAAACCAGUGAGUGAAAUCAUAGAUGUGGUUGGUUCCCCCAGUGCAUUGAAUAACACCAUUUAG